AGGAGAAGGAUUUGCUGGUUUCUGUUCUCUUUUGUCUCUUCAUGUUAUAGUUCUUUGAAGCCAGCCCCUUUCCUGCAGGAAAUUUUAUAUUCCUGUUCAUGAGAUCACUGCUUCCCGUAUUUCAGUUUUGCGUGUGUGUGCUUGUGCCUGCAUGUGUGGGUAAGUGUUCACUUCCUUCAUCUCUGACCGGAUUGGAACAACAGCAGGAGAAAGGAAAUACAACAUAAUUACUGAGUAAAAGAAAGUGAGCCCACUCUGAUUUCCAGAAAGUGUGGCAGCAUUUAAGAAUCAGCCGUAAAAUGUAAGCACAAACUCUCUUAGGGGAAGUGAUGAACGGCAGACAAAAACACCGUUAAACACAUCUUUACAGUCAGACAUGUAUACCUAUCUCCUCGGUGUCAUCAGCUUCGUCUAUGUCUUCCAUACUGGUCUCUGUGCUGAAGAAUGCCAGCUUAGUAUUUUGGCAAAACGCGAGAUGUAUUAUGUGCCAGAAGGGGGCAUCUUGUCAUUGUCCUGUGUAGUUCAGCACUGUGGAAACAACUGGACCGGUGCCUGGAUGUGGGAAAAUUCAACAUAUGAUGUUAGGAAGCCUGUGAAGGAAAGCGAGAGACACCAUUUGACCAACAAGACAAUUUCAGCCAGUCAGACAAAGCUAUUCUUAAACAUCCAGAGUGUCAACCAGUCGGAUGAAGGUUCCUAUGGAUGCAUGGUUGUUUGGGAUAUAGGUAUAAAUGAAAAUGGACAUCGCACGCACGUGAACAUUACCGCAGCUCUCGUCACAGGUCCCUCUCCAAGGAAACUCCUGCACAGGGUUUUGAUCUGUGCUUGUGCAUUACUCUGCCUUCCCAUCAUCCUGGAAUUGGCUCGCUGUCUGAGCUCAGAGGUCAAACCACAGCCACUUCCCAGGGCAGAGGUCAUAUAUGAAGUUCCAUAUGCAGCCCAACAAACCAUCUCGGCUCCACAACCUCCACCUCGAUGCCCGGUACCACAGAAAUGCAAAACAUCCCCUCCCAAAGUUCCACCUAAAGUCAAGAGGAAGCCAGAAGUGAUGUAUGCAGUGAUUUCAGAAGGUGCACUGAAGCAGCAGGGAGCCACGAGACAGCCUGCCCAUUCUGCAACUGUCUACUCAUCCCUGAGAUUUGACAACCACUAAUGGAGUUAUGCAUUAUUUUUAUGAAUUAAAUCAUAAAGUUAUAUCAUUUCAUAUAUAUGUCUUUACGAAACACUGAACGUGGUAGCUGCCACUUCUCGUGUUUUUUUGUUUUUGUUUUGAUGCAAACUGCAUCUUUGAUACAAGCUUGAUACUCUGCAUUUCGUGAAGUCUUUAAAGUGACAGUUUACCACAGAAUCAAACACAAGUUUUUCCCUCUGGCCCAUAUUUGCUAUUUUUCCAUCUAGACUUUUUUGUGGGGGGAGGGUGUGAGGUGCUAGUUACAGAUGAAUCUCCCUGUACUGAGCAGUUUCAUGUAGGAACUACUCUUCCUGCCAAAUUACAACCGCCAGCCACAUCACCUGACCGAAACAAGCCAGCAGCUAGCUAGUAACACAGGACAGGAGGAGAGAGCGAAACGCCUGUGCUUAUUAUCUCCUACCAUACUGUCAUACUGAGCAGGAGCCUCUCACCACAGAUGCAGCUUCCUUCUCAAAAACCAAAACACAUGUAUAGUCCUGUAAGGUUUUCUCGGGACUCUGUGCAGUCCUAUGAAAAACUAAGACCUUUGCUGCUUCCAUAGGAAUUAAAAGAGUAAGUAGCAGCCAGGUGCAGUUGAUCAAAUGCAUCUGAUAAAUUGAUCACCAGGUGUGAACGCCUCGAUGAGAGCCGAGGUUUGGGCAGUUUGGAGAUCUGGAGCAUUCAGGUGUGUGUGAACACUUUGCCAAGGAGGGAAGACAUCAGCAAUGUUCUUAAAGAAGCAAUUGCUGCUGCCGGGAAGAACUACAUAACAGAAUCAGCGGGCUGGGUUAGAUGUGGAUAAAAAUGAACAAAAACAGAUGAGCAUGGCUUUUUUGGAUGUUUUAAGACAAGAAAACGUAUUCUCUCUAAAAAGAACAUAGCAGCACGACUUAGGUUUAUGAAAUUGCAUCUGAAUAAAUCUGAUGACUUCUGGAACAAUGUUCUUUGGACAGAUGAGACCAAAGUGCAGCUGUUUGGCUGUAAUGUACCGCACCAUGUUUAGGAAAGACCAAACACAGCAUAUCAGCACAAACACCUCAUACUAGCUCAAGCACGGUGGUGGAGGGGUGAUGUUUUUGGCUUGUUUUGCAGAUACAGGACCUGGGAACCUUGGAGUCAGUAAGUCAAUCGUUAACUCUCCUGAAUACCAAAAUAUUGUAGAGUCAAAUGUGAGGACAUCGAUAUGACAGCUAAAGUUGUGCUGCACCUGGGUCAUGCAGCAGGACAAUAAUUCCAAGCAAAGCAGCAAAUCUACAACAGAACAGCUGAGAAAGAGAAAAAUUGAUGUGUUGCAACGACCUGGUCAAAGUCCAGACCUCAACCCGACUGAUAUGCUGCGACGGGAUCUUAAGAGAGCUGUGCAUAAACAAACCUCAAUGAACUGAAGAAAGAAGAGUGGGCCACAAUUCAUCCAAAAGGAUGUAAGAGACUAAAAACAGCUGCUAAAGUUUAUUUUGGAAGCUAUUUAAUAACAGUGUGGACUUACUUUUCCACAGGACUGUAUGGGACUACUUUAGGUAGGAACCAGAAAAAGAGCCACUUUAAAAAAGGAUCACUUUCAUGUAAUGUUACAUAUAAUAAGGAGAUACUGCAUCGCCCAGCUGUACCACCCUGAGGCGCUACAGUAAGCAGACUCUGCUCUGUGAGAUGAUUUCACAGAUCUUCUGGUUUGUAUUGUUAAAAAUGUGACCACAUUAACUGCUGUCAGAAUAAUGUGAUGGUGCUGCAGUUUCAACAAAAUGUGAAACAAACUUCCCUCACAUGUUCAAAUAUAUUACACAUUAAAGUAUAGACAAGAAAA